GGGCGCCCAAGACGCUCAGAGUUGCCUCCUGUGCGUAUUGGUUCUGUUUUGGCUACUAGGCAUCACACGGAGCUGGAAAAGAUUCUCCCAUCAUUCGAAGUACAUUGCAGUGGACAAGGUUUCCAGUAUGGCUUCUGCACCAGCUCCAAGGUACAACUCUCACUCCUUGGAGAACGAGUCCUUCAAAAGGACCUCCUCCAGAGAUGGGGUUGAUCAAGAUCUCGGUGAGGCUGUCCCUCGACUUCCGGGGGAGAUACGAAUUACCGACAAAGAAGUUAUUUACAUAUGUCCUUUCAAUGGCCCCAUUAAGGGAAGAGUUUACAUCACAAAUUAUCGUCUUUAUUUAAGAAGUUUGGAAAUGGAUUCUACUCUGAUACUUGAUGUUCCACUGGGUGUGAUCUCAAGAAUUGAAAAAAUGGGAGGCGCGACAAGCAGAGGAGAGAAUUCCUAUGGCCUAGACAUUGCCUGCAAAGACAUGAGGAACUUGAGGUUCGCGUUGAAGCAGGAAGGCCACAGCAGAAGGGACAUGUUCGAGAUCCUCACCAAAUACGCCUUUCCCCUGGCCCACAGUCUGCCAAUAUUUGCAUUUUUAAAUGAAGAAAAGUUUAACGUGGAUGGAUGGACAGUCUAUGACCCAGUUGAAGAAUACAGAAGGCAGGGCUUGCCCAACCACCACUGGAGAAUAACUUUCAUCAACAAGCGCUAUGAGCUCUGCGACACAUACCCCGCGCUGCUGGUGGUCCCCUACCAGGCCUCAGAUGACGACCUCAGGAGAGUGGCUGCUUUCAGGUCCCGGAAUCGAAUUCCAGUGCUCUCGUGGAUUCACCCGGAAAACAAGACCGUCAUCGUGCGGUGCAGCCAGCCUCUGGUCGGUAUGAGUGGGAAGCGAAAUAAAGAUGACGAGAAGUACCUUGAUGUUAUCAGGGAGACUAACAGACAAGUCUCUAAACUCACCAUCUAUGACGCAAGACCCAGUGUGAACGCAGUGGCCAACAAGGCAACAGGAGGAGGAUAUGAAAGUGAUGAUGCGUAUCAUAACGCCGAACUUUUCUUCUUAGACAUUCAUAACAUUCAUGUCAUGCGGGAAUCUUUAAAAAAAGUAAAAGACAUUGUUUACCCUAAUGUAGAAGAAUCUCACUGGUUGUCCAGUUUGGAGUCUACUCACUGGUUAGAGCACAUCAAGCUUGUUUUGACGGGUGCUAUUCAAGUGGCCGACAAAGUCUCUUCAGGGAAGAGCUCGGUGGUGGUGCACUGCAGCGACGGCUGGGACCGCACGGCCCAGCUCACGUCCCUGGCCAUGCUCAUGCUGGACGGCUUCUAUCGGAGUAUCGAAGGCUUUGAAAUCUUGGUACAGAAAGAAUGGAUAAGUUUUGGACACAAGUUUGCAUCUAGAAUAGGUCACGGCGAUAAGAACCAUGCCGACGCUGACCGGUCUCCUAUUUUCCUCCAAUUUAUCGACUGUGUAUGGCAGAUGUCAAAACAGUUCCCCACAGCGUUUGAAUUCAAUGAGCGGUUUUUGAUCACAAUUCUGGAUCAUCUGUACAGUUGCCGGUUUGGUACUUUCUUGUACAACUGUGAGUCCACUCGAGUAAAGCAGAAUGUUCCAGAAAGAACCGUUUCCUUAUGGUCGCUGGUAAACAGCAACAAAGAAAAAUUCAAAAAUCCCUUCUACACUAAAGAAAUCAAUCGAGUUUUAUACCCAGUUGCCAGCAUGCGCCACCUGGAACUGUGGGUGAAUUACUACAUUAGGUGGAACCCCAGAAUCAAGCAACAGCAGCCCAACCCUGUGGAGCAGCGCUAUGUGGAGCUCCUGGCCCUGCGAGACGAGUACCUGAGGCGGCUGGAGGAACUGCAGCUGGCCAACUCCGCCAGGCUCCCCGAGCCCCCCACGUCGCCUUCCAGCCCUUCCCAAAUGAUGCCCCAUGUGCAGACCCACUUCUGAGAGGGGCCUGGCCCGGCGAGGAGCUGGGUGUCUAGUGAGGCACAGCAUAGAUGACCUGACUGGCCUCCACGUAGAACUUGAACUAACAUGCUCUUACACUCUUGAAUAUGUGCCUUCUAGAAUACAUAUUACGAGAAAACGGCUGUGUCUGCACGGCAGUCAUAAGACAGGAGCCAAGAUGGGAUUUUAGAAAAUCCUGCCACGUUCAAACGCAGUUUUUGAAAGACAAAAGUUUAAAUUUCAUUUACCUCCUUAGAAAUAUGGAAAUAUGAGGUAUGCAGUGUGUGGUUUGUGGGCUGAAUUGGCGCGACGUUAUUUUAAGCGAACUGGGCAAAAUCUGUUUGUGAAAUGGAUUUUCCUCAAGCCGCUCCUGAUAGCUGCUUUGCACGGACGGAGAGUGACGCCUGAUGUGAAAGACCUGCUGACUGCCAACGCCAGACCGCGCUUCGCUUCUCGGGCGUUCUCCCAGGCGAGGUGUCGGAGCAGUUGCCAAGCUUGUCACUAUCUUAAGUCUAAAAUAAGCGACUUAAAGAGAAAUGGCUGUGCAGAUGAGCUUUCCGUUGUGAGAAGUUGGAUUAUGAAGUGCUGUCCCUUAUUUUCAAGAGAAGCUUAUUUUUAUAUUUAAAAAAAAGCAGAUGGGGCCCAGUUAACUAGGAUUUGGCUUUCUCUUCCUUUGCCAGUUGCAUUUUCUAAGUGUCCCCCCGCCACCACAGCGACGAUGGCGGUCGGCCCCCGUCCAGCGCCGGCCUGUGUCAAGCGCGCCAGGUGACAUUCUCGGCGCAGGAGACGCCCCCAACGCGCUCUGGUCGAAGCAGCUUCUCUGUGCAGAGGGCUGCGGCACACAGCUCCAGCCUCAGCCCUGGGGACAAGCCUACGUGUCGGGUUGAGAGCGUGUCCUCGCGGGUGCGGUGUCUGCGUUUCCGUUUGACAGAGUCAGGCGCCCCUUCCAGAUGUGCUUCAAACUGGGUCUCUAAAUUUUUACUUGAAGUACCUGACAGUUUGCUUUUUCAUGUGUUUUUUGUAGCAGUGGUCAAUAAAAUUCCAAAUGCACAGUUCUCUUUGAUAUCUGAACUAACUCAUUUAGUAAGUCUAUUUGUAAAAGCUAAGGCUAGAGUUAAAAACACAUUUUACAGUGAUUUGUAAAGAACUAUUUAUAGCUAACAGGGUUAUGUUUUCAAUGAAUUAAGAGAGAUUAAAUAUAUCUUUGUAAAUUAUUUUAUGUCGUAGCCUACAUGACCUACCAAAUAAGACAUCUCAAAUCUAGUAGUAUAAUGUAUGAAUUUUGUAUGUAUAAGAAGUUUUAUUAGCUCUUCUCUUGCUUUUUGUAAACGCUGUAAAUAUUUCGUAAAUUAACAGUGUCACUCCAUAAAAGAAAAGACGAAUACUAAUAGUUCAAGGGAUUUUGUGAAAUGCUAUGAAAACGUUUCCCUGGAGUAGUGACUAAAGAGCUGCUGUAAUAAAUACAUGAGCUAA